AAAAACUAGAAAAACCUGUUACAAGCACGUGCUUCAAAAUUGGAAUGACACAGAAGGGUAUGAGGCACCAGGCCUCCCUGUCAUCCUGUGCUCCCGCCCGCUCCCAUGCAGCUUCCGCUUCUAAACUCAGGCCGAGACAGCUGUCCUUACAGUGCUGGUACAGGCCGGCUCACUGUCUCUCCUGGACACCAGACGCCUUCCCGUGGAGCUGCCUGCAGAGAACCUUGCUGUGCUCCCCAACUCGGAAUUCCGUGGAGGAAACUCCUCGGGCCCAGGCUGUUGCUGGGGUUCGGUGGCUCCUCUCCCAGCGACUUUGUCCUUCCCCUGAUGCCGUUGGUUGCAGUUUUGUUUCCUUCGGUUCUUUCUUGCUUUCAUGCUGUUUCAGCCAGGAGAGAAGGCUGCGCUUCCUGCCUCAUUUCCGUGUGGAAUACGUUCUACGUUGUCUUCCAGGGUGCCAUCCCUCACCUUCCCAUCUGCCUGCGGGCCAUGUGACCCACACUGUCUCCCUGCCCGCUGCAGGCUCGGCACCUCUCGGCUCCACAUUCCAUUCCGGGGGCAUCCAGCAUGGGUGCUGAAAUUCCAGCGUCCGUAUUCUCAGGAGUUGGCCCUGUGGGUUCCAGUAAAAAUUCCCGGCCUUGUGAUGAAGGCUCUGGGCCCUCCAGCCAGUGUGUGGCUGGGAUGUCGGGUCCUCCCUGCAGAAGGCCAUCCUGCCUCUGGGCUCACAGCUCCCACGGCAGAGCGAGGAGGCAGAAGGAGAGGAAAUGGUAUUUAGGGGUCCAGGGGGCCAAACAAAAUAAAAACACCGGCAGGGUCCACACAGGGGUCCUGGCCUCCCAGCCUCCAAUUCUCCCCAGUCCCCUUCGUGUUGCCGCAGAGAGAGAGUCCUGCGUUCGUUUCCGCCCUCGGAACCAGAGGGGAUGCGUUCCUUCUCUUCCCUUCCUGAUGGGAAUGGCGCUGUCAGAGCCUUUUCUUGUUGUUAUUUGAGGAAGUGAAGUUCACCGUUAGAUUUGAUCCACAGUGAGAUGGCCUAAUUCAACUUGGGCUGAAACAUGCCAACUGGCAGCCAGGAGGCACAGCGCCUGGGCAGGCCCCUUCCUGGGUCUGCAGAGCUGUGGCCUGCAGGGUGACCCUUUUCUCCCCACUGAGAUCUCUGUACAGGGUUUCUGUAGCAGAGGCCCCAACUCAAGUACUUGGCUGUGUCCUGGAAGAAGACCAGUGAUCCACGGCUGGGGAGGCCCCCAUUUCUGAUAGCUGGCUGUCUUCUUCAUUGAAAGUCCCCGAACAGUCAAACCAGUUUGGCUGCAUGUGAAAGACUGGAAGAAAAUUGCCGGGCGGGUGCUCUUCUGUGCUGCCUGGAGCUCCUACCUGAGCUUCCAGCCUGUAACUGGCUGGGGUGACCGCGGUCCACGUCUGCCUGCCGGAAACAAACAAGAUUCAAAACACCAAGCGUGUCUCAGGUUAUGCCUUUGACACCAAACACGAAGGUUCCACUGCGUGAGCUCCGGACAGAGGCCCCUGGGCCCAGCCGCCCUGCAUCAGCCGCAGUCUGCCCUGGCUCGUCUUAGAAGUGGAGAGACACGCGCUGGGAAAGGCAUCCCUGGGGAGGCAUUCCACGCCUACGGGAAGGCGGGCAAGAUGCUGGUGGAGACCAGCAUGAUCGGGCUGAUGCUGGGCACCUGCAUCGCCUUCUACGUCGUGAUUGGCGACUUGGGGUCCAACUUCUUUGCCCGGCUGUUCGGGUUUCAGGUGGGCGGCACCUUCCGCAUGUUCCUGCUGUUCGCCGUGUCACUGUGCAUUGUGCUCCCGCUCAGCCUGCAGCGGAACAUGAUGGCCUCCAUCCAGUCCUUCAGCGCCAUGGCCCUCCUCUUCUACACCGUGUUCAUGUUCGUGAUUGUGCUCUCCUCUCUCAAGCACGGCCUCUUCAGUGGGCAGUGGCUGCAGCGGGUCAGCUAUGUCCGCUGGGAGGGCGUCUUCCGCUGCAUCCCGAUCUUCGGCAUGUCCUUCGCCUGCCAGUCCCAGGUGCUACCCACGUACGACAGCCUGGAUGAGCCGUCGGUGAAAACCAUGAGCUCCAUAUUUGCCUCCUCCCUCAAUGUGGUCACCACCUUCUACGUCAUGGUGGGAUUUUUCGGCUACGUGAGCUUCACCGAGGCCACGGCUGGCAACGUGCUCAUGCACUUUCCCUCCAACCUGGUGACGGAGAUGCUCCGUGUGGGCUUCAUGAUGUCGGUGGCCGUGGGCUUCCCCAUGAUGAUCCUGCCCUGCCGGCAGGCCCUGAGCACGCUGCUGUGUGAGCAGCAGCAAAAAGAUGGCACCUUUGCAGCAGGGGGCUACAUGCCCCCUCUCCGGUUUAAAGCCCUUACCCUCUCUGUGGUGUUUGGAACCAUGGUCGGUGGCAUCCUUAUCCCCAAUGUGGAGACCAUCUUGGGCCUCACGGGUGCGACCAUGGGAAGCCUCAUCUGCUUCAUCUGCCCGGCACUGAUCUACAAGAAAAUCCACAAGAACGCGCUUUCCUCCCAGGUGGUGCUGUGGGUCGGCCUGGGCGUCCUGGUGGUGAGCACUGUCACCACACUGUCCGUGGGCGAGGAGGUCCCUGAGGACUUGGCGGAGGAAGCCCCCGGCGGCCGACUUGGAGAGGCCGAGGGUUUGGUGAAGGCAGAGGCAGCGCGACUCUCAGCCCAGGAUCCGGUCGUGGCCAUGGCCGAGGAUGGCCGGGAGAAGCCGAAGCUGCCAAAGGAGAGAGAGGAGCUGGAGCAGGCUCAGAUCAAGGGGCCCGUGGAUGUGCCUGGACGGGAAGAUGGCAAGGAAGCACAGGAGGAGGCACAGCUUGAUCGCCCUGGGCAAGGGAUUGCCAUGCCUGUGGGCGAGGCCCACCGCCACGAGCCUCCUGUUCCUCACGACAAGGUGGUGGUAGAUGAAGGCCAAGACCGAGAGGUGCCAGAAGAGAACAAACCUCCAUCCAGACACGUGGGCGGAAAGGCUCCAGGGGUCCAAGGCCAGAUGGCACCGCCUCUGCCCGACUCAGAAAGAGAGAAACGGGAGCCGGAGCAGGGAGAGGUUGGGAAGAGGCCUGGACAGGCCCAGGCCUUGGAGGAAGCGGGCGAUCUUCCUGAAGAUCCCCAGAAAGUUCCAGAAGCAGAUGGUCAGCCAGCUGUCCAGCCUGCAAAGGAAGACCUGGGGCCAGGAGACAGGGACCUGCAUCCUCGGCCCCAGGCAGUGCUGUCUGAGCAGCAGAAUGCCCUGGCAGUGGGUGAAGGGGAAAAGGCCGAUGGGGGGCCGCCACCAGGCAACGCCGCCGGGGAUACAGGGCAGCCCGCAGAGGACAGCGACCAUGGUGGGAAGCCUCCCCUCCCAGCGGAGAAGCCGGCUCCGGGGGCUGGGCUGCCGCCUGAGCCUCGAGAGCAGAGGGACGUGGAGCGAGCGGGCGGAGACCAGGCGGCCAGCCAGCUGGAAGCUGAGAUUAAAAAGAUAGUAGCAGAGGCUGGCAGGGCAGAGAUGCUGGACCACGCCGUCCUGCUUCAGGUGAUCAAAGAACAGCAGGUGCAGCAAAAGCGCUUGCUGGACCAGCAGGAGAAGCUGCUGGCGGUGAUUGAGGAGCAGCACAAGGAGAUCCACCAGCAGAGGCAGGAGGAUGAGGAGGACAAGCCCAGGCAGGUGGAGGUGCAUCCAGAGCCCGGGGUGGCAGUGCCCAGAGGCCAGGAGGCCCCCGAAGGCAAGGCCAGGGAGACGGUGGAGAAUCUGCCUCCCCUGCCUGUGGACCGUGUCCUCAAAGCUCCCGGGGGCCGCCCCGCUCCAUCCCAGGACCUUAACCAGCGUUCCCUGGAGCACCGUGAGGGGCCUGCAGGCAGAGAACCUGCUGGCCCUCCUGAUGACGGCCCUGACACAGAGCCUCGGGCAGCCCAGGCCAAGCCGAGAGAUGGCCAGAAGGAUGCCGCCCCCGGGGCAGCUGGCACGGUGAAGGGGCUUCCCAAGGGCCCAGAGCAGGUGCCCGUGCCAGACCCUGCCAGGGAAGCCAGGGGUCCAGAGGAGCGCCUUGCAGAGGAAUUCCCCGGGCAAAGUCAAGACAUUACUGGCGGUGGUUCCCAAGACAGGAAAAAACCUGGGAAAGAGGUGGCAGCCACUGGCACCGGCAUUCUGAAGGAAGCCAAUUGGCUCGUGGCAGAGCCAGGAGCAGAGACAGGAGACGCUCGCGUGGAGCCCAAGCAGAUGAGCCGAGACCUGGGCCUUGCAGCAGACCUGGACCUGCCCGGCAGGGCGGGAGGAGCGGCCGCACAGCCCCAGGCUAUGGUCCACCAGCUGGAACUGCGGGUCAUCUCUGACGGCGAGCAGGACGGACAGCAGGGCCACCGGCGGGACCAUGGCGGUCACCUGGAGAUGAGAAAGGAGGCCCACGGCGGGGACCAUGUGCCUGUGUCUCACGAGCAGCCGAGAGGCAGGGAGGACGCUGCUGUCCAAGAGCCCAGGCAGAGGCCAGAGCCCGAGCUGGGGCCCAAACGAGCUGUCCCGGGGGGCCAGAGGCCGGACAAUGCCAAGCCUAACCGGGACCUGAAACUGCAGGCUGGCUCUGACCUCCGGAGGCGACGGCGGGACCUUAGCCCUCAUGGAGAGGGCGAGCUGGCCCCGAGGGAUGGGGUCAUCAUUGGCCUUAACUCCCUGCCUGAUGUCCAGGUGAACAACCUCCGUGGCGCCCUGGAUGCCCAGCUCCGCCAGGCUGCGGGGGGAGCUCUGCAGGUGGUCCACAGCCGGCAGCUUAGACAGGCGCCCGGGGCUCUGGAGGAGUCCUAGCACCUGCUGGCCAUGAGGGCCACGCCAGCCACUGUCUUCCCCGGCCAGCAGCAGGUCUUUCUCAGCCACAUCCCAGCCAAACUCUGGAGGUCCCACUCAUCUAUCCCCAGGCUUUCAUGUCUGAGGCCCUCACCAAGUGUGAGUGAGAGGAUAAAAGAUUCACUCUGGCAUUGUUUCCAGAAUGUUCUUGCUGUCGUUCUGUUGCAGCUCUUAGUCUGAGGUCCUCUAACCUCUCGACUCUGAGCUCACUCCAGUCUGUGAGGAGACAUGGCCUCCGCUGCGAGCCGGCUGGUGCACGCCCAGGCUCAGGCUGGGAGCCGCUGCGUCUGCGGUCAGGCCUCCUUCUGCCAGGCGGCACGUGUGGUCUUCAGGUUGAGCUCGGCCAUGCGUGGAGGUGCACAUGGCUGCUGAUGGUCCCAGCACAGGCUACCGUGAGAGCCAGCGUCCAACCCCAAACUUGCAGCGACUCGGAAUUAUAACUGUUUACUGAUGUUUCCCACAGUGUGGCAGGAAGUUUUGAAUAAACACUUUUGCCUUCGCCCAG